ACUACAACUCGACACGAUGCAAUGAUAUUCACGAAUCCAAGGCUCUCAAAUACUCUCUUUUCUGACCAGCCAAAAUGAGGAACCUCCGCAACAUCUCGCACUCAAUUUUCCACUUUCCCGCCUCUGACUCCGAAUCUCCACUCACAGCAACAGCCUGGGACGGCCCUUCAAAUCUCAUCUGCGCCUUUGGACCGACGCCCACAAACCCAGCGAUAACUCUCAAGCGCUACAAUAAGACCCAAAAUACUCCCUCAUCCGAUGGCGCCCUCAUCGCAUCCUGGGACGCUCCUUCCCCAAACCCAGAUCUUCCAUACGACAAAAUCUUGAACAUCCACAGCCACCCGGACCAAGGCACCAUCUCUCUCAUCCUCGCCGGUGGAGACAUCAUCGUCGUCCGCGAAGACCCUCAAGAUGGCCAAGACCUUAUUGAAAUCGUCGGAUCCGUGGACGUGGGAAUUUCUGCCGCGGAAUGGUCGCCGGAUGAAGAACUGCUCGUCAUCGUCACGAAAGCCCAAACGAUUCUGUUCAUGAAUCGGGAUUAUGAGAGUACGACUGAUGGAUCUGCGAUUGAAUUGCGUCCAGAAGAUGUUUUGCAUAGUGCGAAUCUGCAUGUGGAUGUUGGGUGGGGAAAGAAGGAAACGCAGUUUUUGGGUCCUGGUGCGAGGGCGAAGGGUCUGAAGGAUCCGACUGUGAAGGAUGUGGUUGAUCGUGGUGUUUUGAGUCAGUAUGACGAUGGCGAGAGUGUUGGAGUCAGCUGGAGAGGCGAUGGCGAAUUUGUUGCUGUGAAUUCGGUCGUGGAAGUGGAUGGGCGAGAGGACGGGGAGAAGUUGAGGCGGAGACUUGUGCGAGUCUACUCGAGAGAAGGCGUGCUUGACUCUGCUUCUGAGCCUGUCGAUGGCUUGGAGAGUGCUGUCGCUUGGAAGCCCAGUGGGCAGAUUAUUGCUGGUGUGCAGAGACGAGAAACAGAAGAGCGAAUCGAUGUUGUAUUCUUCGAGAGGAACGGUCUACGACACGGCGAAUUCGAAUUGAGGCUAUCCAAGGACGAAUGCGAUACCUUUGGGCAAAAGAUCGACCUGCAGUGGAAUUCAGACUCUAGCGUCCUGGCUGUGAGUAUGAAGGACAGAGUACAGCUAUGGACGAUGGGCAACUACCACUACUACCUCAAGCAGGAUAUCUCGAUAACGCCAUCGGGAGACGAUAAAGUGAAAACGAACUGGCAUUCCGAAAAGCCCUUGCAGCUGGCGUCUCAUACUGGUCAGGAUCUUAGAUGGCUCAAUUACUCUUUCGAGGUGUCCAGAGGAAGUGUCAAGCCACCUUUUGAUUACGGGGUCGUGGCUGUGAUUGACGGGAAGAGACUGAAGGUCACGCCGCUGCGGACUGCCAACGUUCCUCCACCAAUGGCGUUUGACGAGAUUGACCUGCCCGAUAACGCGAUAGAUGUGGCUGUUGACCCGAGCGGCAUGCGGAUAGGAGUGCUGCACUCGAAUAAGAUCUCAGUACUGAACUGCAAUUAUAGUCAGAAGCCGGCUAGGAAAGCCAAGAUACUAGAGUCUCUGCACUUGGAUCUGCCACCUGGCACAUCAGGACAACAGCUCUGCUUCGAUGCGGAUGACGGAAUAGUUGUGGCCUCCUCGACACCAGCCGAAGAAGGCACGCGAAUCAGCACUGUCUCGGACUUUGGUACAUCCGAUAUGCGGAUCGAGACGGAGGUGGUCUCGUUGUUCAGACCUACUAAUCACGAUCGGAUACUGUUCGAGGAUAGCAAGGGAGCUGUUCAUGACUUUCAGACGAAAGAGAUUGUCGGGACGCUCCCAAAUGCCUGCCCGCAGGUGGAGGUGUGGCACGGCGACGACGGCGACAUCCUUUUCGGUCUCACAGCGGGCGGGCUGCUGCACAUCCAGAGCGACCUGCAGAAGUUGAGAAUCACCGGGUGCACCUCAUUUGCUGUAACUCAUACGCAUCUUGUGUACACGACCAGCAACCAUCUGCUGAAGUUUGUGCAUUUGCAAAACGACAGUGAGCUCGAAGUGCCGCCUGAUGAGCCUGAGAAAGAUGAAAGAUGCAGAAACAUUGAGAGAGGUGCGAAGUUGGUCACAGUCAUGCCUGGUGCAUACUCCCUCGUUCUGCAGAUGCCACGAGGCAAUCUCGAAACGAUUUACCCACGAGCCUUGGUGCUAGCGGGUAUUCGGCAUGAGAUCAGCAAGAGAGAGUACAAGAAGGCGUUUCUCAUCUGCCGGACACAGAGAGUGGAUAUGAACAUCUUGCACGAUUAUGCGCCUGAGCAGUUCAUGAAUGAUGUUGAGCUCUUCAUCAAGCAAGUGAAGAAAGUCGAAUACAUCGAUCUUUUCCUCAGCUCGCUGUCCGAAGAGGAUGUCAGCCAGACGAUCUACAAGGAGACUUUGAAGUCGCAGGGCUCUUCAUCAGGCAUGAAUGGGCUAACAAACGGCAAUAUCACGCAAUCGACAGGAUCGACAACGUCGAAGGUCAACAAGGUAUGCGAUGCUUUCCUCAAAGCACUUUCAAAUCAAGAACAGACGUAUCUGCAGUCGAUCAUCACAGCGCAUGUCUGCAAAGAUCCUCCAGAUCUUCCUGCUGGUCUCGCGCUUGUCUCGACGCUUCGAAAGGAGGGCAGACAAGAUCAGCUAGAGCAAGCUGUAGAUCACAUCUGCUUUCUGGCGGAUGCGAACAGGCUCUACGACACGGCACUGGGUAUCUACGAUUUGGAGGUUACACUACUUGUGGCACAGCAAUCGCAGAAAGACCCUCGGGAGUACCUACCCUAUUUGCAGUCGCUGAAGGACAUGGAGCCUCUUCGUCAGCGAUUCGCCAUCGACAAUGAUCUCAAGCGUCACGUCAAAGCUCUAGGCCACCUACAUGCUCUUGAGGCCUUCGAUGAAGUCAAAGCUUACGCUGCAAAGCAUGAGCUAUACAGUCAAGCGAUUGAGCUUUACCGCUACGAUAAUGCGAGACUGACGGAGCUGACGCGGAUAUAUGCCGACUUCUUGCUCUCGCGCAAUCGCUACAAGGAAGCUGGUAUCGCCUUCGAGUAUAUCGGCAACUACUCUGCUGCCUUUGAAGCAUAUCGCAGCGUGGGUUCCCUGUGGCGAGAAUGUCUUUCAUGCACGGCCGAUAUGCCUGAGGAGCAGGUCCUCGCCGCAGCACGCGAUCUUGCAGAAGGCUGCGAGGAGUCCAAAGACUACACUUCAGCUGCAACAAUCCACCUCGAAUACCUCAAUGAUCUCAACGAGGCCUGCAGACUCCUAUGCAAAGCAUAUGCUUUCGCAGAGGCUAUUCGCCUCGUAACCCAACGCAAACAACUCGACCUGCUCAAAUCCGUCAUCGAUCCUGGUCUUAUCGAGACCUCCGCAACCACAACUGAGCUCCUCGCCGAGAUGAAGACUCAGCUUCAACACCAACUCCCUCGCCUCCGUGAUCUCCGACAGAAGAAACAAGAAGACCCGAUGGCUUUCCUCGACGGCUCUGGCGCAGCAGCGAAUGUGGAUAUCCCGGAUGACAUUUCCCUCGCACCUACAGAUGCCACUACGAGCGCUGGUACGUUCAUGACUCGGUAUACUGGUAAUAAGAGUAAUCUGCUCGGGUCCGUUGCAACGGAUGCGACACGAAAGACAUCAAAGAAUCGACGAAAAGAGGAGAGGAAGCGCGCGAGAGGAAAGAAGGGUACGGUGUAUGAGGAAGAGUAUCUGGUGAAUUCGAUCGAGAGAUUGAUUGAGAGGCUGAACGAGACGGGCUCCGAUGUCAGUCGACUUGUGGAGGGGUUGAUGAGGAGGUGUAUGCGGGAACGAGCUGUUGCUGUGGAGUCAGCAUUCGCAGAUGUGGAGGCGGCGUGUAGGAGCUGCUUGGAUGAAGUCUUUGUUGUCGAGGACGGUGCUCAGCAGCAGGCUCAGCCUCUGCAGGAGCAAGAGCAGCCCGGGCAGUCCGGCCUGGGCCCGGAGAUGCAUCGUCCGUGGGGUGGCGAGGGUGUCUUGUUCGAGGCGUUGACUGCGAAGAGGAAGGAGAAGCCUGUCAUCAAGAGUUUUGAGAAGUUGGGACUGCUGGAGAGGUAGUGUUAAAAUGCGACUAUAGCACGAAUAACAACGUGGCGAUUUGUGCUCCAUCAACUGCAACGGCUGGCCUGCAGAUAAGAGGAAUCAUAUUGAGGGUCAAAAUCGCCCGGGCGAAAUGGA